UGGUACUUUAACUACUUAACUUGCAGAAAGCUGUCCUUAUCCACAAACUGUAUUGAGAAAAUUGCCAAUCUCAAUGGUUUAAGGAAUCUGAAAAUCCUGUCACUGGGACGAAAUAACAUCAAAAAUCUCAAUGGUUUGGAGGCUGUUGCAGAGACACUUGAAGAACUUUGGAUAUCCUAUAAUAACAUUGAAAAGCUAAAGGGGAUUGGUGUACUCAAGAAACUUAAGGUUCUGUAUAUGUCAAACAACCAAGUGAAGUCUUGGGAAGAAUUUCAAAAACUGGGUGAUCUGGUAUCCCUGGAAGAUCUACUUUUUGUUGGUAACCCACUAGAGGAGAAGCACUCAGGCGAUGGUGACUGGAGAGACCAAGCCACUAGAAGGCUGCCUCGUCUGAAAAAGCUUGAUGGUGUUCCUGUUGUUCGGCAAGACGAAGAAGGAGAAGAGGAGUCUUAAAUGUCCAUACUAUAGAAGUAUUCCCCUUUAGAAGUGUAAAUAAAUUGUAAACAUCUUACGCUUUUUUUUUAAUAACCGUGCGGAGUCAAAUCAUGUUUAUGAUAAAGAGUAUGUUGAGUGGGUAUAUAUAUUUAGUACACAGAAUGUUCGUGAUCCUCUUGGUUGCGUAUAUCUAUGUUUUUUUUUAUCUGUUGGCUUGUUUUUUUUUCCAUAAUUCGAUCGCGAUUCAUUGUAAACAUUUUUAAAAAUAAUGUUUUGUUCCAAAUGGUAAUAAAUCCAGUUGAAAAGA